CUUCAUCAACUUCAGAUUGAUGCGAGGGCCUUGACAAGGCUUUAUAAUUUACAUUAUUAAUGACUGAAAACUGGUACAAUGCCAUCUUCACUAUAUAUAUUACUGUAAUAACCCAACAAACGUCCCAUAAGCAAAUCAAAUCAAAAUUACCAACGCUAAUCAGCCUUGGGAAUAAAGAAGGCCAAUAAAACAAUGUCUGCUCAUCUAUCCAAUACCACAAGAAAAAAAUUAGAACUAUUCACGAAUUUAGUUUCCCGACGUCCAAAUACUCAACAAAAGCAAUGGAUAGCGAGGGAAACAUCAAUCUAAGCUUUGGUAAUCUGGAUUAUGUACUCGAUUGAGGAGCACAAACCACGAAUCGAACUCGAUCAAAGCUUCAAAUGUCAAUCAACAUUGAAUUUCAACAAGAAUCAUUUCAAAAAAUUAAAAUUUAUGAUCAAAUGAAAUUGGAAGAAAUCUCAGUCCCUUAGAUGUUCAUUUCGAAUUGCGAUCACGCUCGAAAGUCAGUACAGGUCUGUAUAGAUCAUCAUCGAUUAUCCUCCACAUUCCAAAAAACAAAAAAAAUCGAUCUGGAGAAACUCGAAUAAACCAAAUCACGGAUGGAGAAUUCCGGUGAUGAAGACAGAUGUUGAUGCCCUAGCGUAGUCCGACGAGGGAGAAACAACGAAGAACAGACAUGGAGAUCUCAGGUAGCGCAACACAGGUGAAUUUUGCUUCUAGGGAACGAGUUGGGCGAGAACGGGAAGGAUUUCGCCAACCAGAUAGCGAAGCAUAAUCGAUCGCAAUCACGAAUAAAAAAAACCGAAGAAAUUGCCGCCAAGAUAUAAAACAAAGUGAAACGAUAAGAAGAAGAAGAUCGGAGGGACGAUAAUGGCGGACCGGUUCUCGGGGAUGAUAUAAUCACAGCUGCGCUAUAUAUAGAACCAUGCAUGAAAUGGUUGGUUUCACGGACUACUACGUGAGAGAGAUAGAAUGCAAGAGAGUGUAUGAUGAUCCACUAUUUACCGAUCAGACGAAGGACGGCGGCGGCGGCGGGGGGAGGCGGCGGGUCUACGUCCCGGGGCCGAUCAUCGUCGGGGCCGGACCGGCGGGGCUGGCGGCGGCGGCGUGCCUGAAGGCGAGAGGCGUGCCGAGCGUGGUGCUGGAGAGGUGCGGCUGCAUCGCCUCGCUGUGGCAGCUGAGGACGUACGACCGCCUCCGCCUCCACCUCCCCCGCCGCUUCUGCGAGCUCCCCAUGAUGCCCUUCCCCGCCUCCUACCCGACCUACCCGCCGAAGCGGCUCUUCGUCGAGUACCUCGAGCGGUACGCGGAGCGGUUCGGGGUCCGGCCGGUCUUCAACCGGACCGUGGUGUCCGCAGAGGCGGAGGGGGGGUUGUGGAGGGUGAGGGCGGAGGCGGCGGGGGAGGAGGAGGAGUACGUGAGCCGGUGGGUGGUGGUGGCGACGGGGGAGAAUGCGGAGGCGGUGGCGCCGAGGGUGGAGGGGGCGGAGGAGUUCCGGGGGGAGAUGAUACACACGAGUAGGUACAAGAGUGGGGAGGUGUAUAGGGGGAAGAAGGUGUUGGUGGUGGGGUGUGGGAACUCAGGAAUGGAAGUCUGUUUGGAUCUCUCCCAAUUUAAUGCCUUUCCUUCUCUCGUGGUUAGAGACAAAGUCCAUGUCCUACCACAAGAGAUGUUGGGAAAGUCAACUUUCGAGCUUGCCAUGUGGUUACUCAAGUGGUUCCCCACGCGCCUUGUUGACCGCUUUCUUUUAGCCGCGUCGCGCCUCCUACUUGGAGACACGUCACGGUUCGGCCUUAACCGCCCCAAGACGGGACCGCUGGAGUUGAAGAAUGUCUCUGGGAAGACCCCCGUCCUAGACAUCGGCACUUUGUCCAAAAUCAAAAGCGGAGACAUUAAGGUGUGUCCGGGGAUAAAGAGAGUAAAGCGGCACACCGUGGAGUUUGUGAACGGUAAAGAGGAAGCUUUUGACGCUAUCAUCUUUGCCACUGGUUACAAAAGCAACGUCUCCUCUUGGCUUAAGGAAAAGGAGACGUUUUCGGAGAAAGAGGGGCUGCCGAGGAAGCCAUUUCCGAAUGGGUGGAAGGGAGAGAGCACGGGGCUAUACACUGUGGGGUUUACGAAACGUGGAUUACUGGGUGCUUCCAUGGAUGCUCAAAGUAUUGCCCAAGACAUAUCAAAAUUAUAUCAUACAUAUACAUGCAGUGGCCUUGGAUAAGUCUUAAGUUACACUUGGGGCGGGUACUUAUUUGGGGACGCGGUGCGUCAGAAACAUGAAACAAUGAACUCUUCCAAAUUUU